AUGGAGCCGUCAUUACCAUUCUCAUCUGCAUGCCUCUCGCUCUGGCACCGGGGAACACGUUCAUUCACUCACCUGAAUGCCAAUCGUCAAGAAGAUGUUCCAACUUCUGCCAAAUACGUUAUAAUCGGCUCUGGAAUUUCAGGAGCCUUAACAUCUUGGAAGCUCAUCGAGGACGGUGUUAAGGGCGAAGACAUUCUAAUCCUCGAGGCUCGAGAAGCUGUUUCCGGCGCCAGUGGAAGAAAUGCUGGACAUAUUCGGCCAGAUGCAUUCCGAGGCUUCCUCCACUACUCCUCCUUGCAUGGCCCAGAACAAGCCAAAAAGAUCCUCGAAAAUGAGCAGAUCGUGCUGAAAAGCAUCCGCAAGUUCGUCACAGAACAUAGCAUCAACUCGGACUUCACCGAUACAACAACGUUCGAGACCUGCCUUACCCAGGAAGCUGCAGACUACACUGCCAAAGCAUUAUUAGCGUACAAGGCUGCUGGCGGCGAUGUCUCAGAAGUCCAAGUGCACGAAGGCGACGAAGCAAAAGCCAAAACCCGUGUCCCCAACGCUAUCAGCGCAUACGAGUGGCCAGCAGCAUCCAACAACCCAGCCAAGCUAGUCCAAUGGAUCUUGACUGAUUUCAUCGCGAAGGGCGGCAGGCUUUGGACACAUUGUCCCGCCACAAAGGUCACGAAACAUGCAACGAGCGAAGCGACCAGUGCGAAUGCAAGUGCAAGCGCAAGAUGGGAUAUUCAUACACCGCGCGGCACAGUCGCAGCCGAGACAGUCGUCCACUGCACGAAUGCAUACGCCUCAUUCCUCCUACCCAAUUUAGCAAAUUUCAUCACACCACGUCGCUCACAAGUUAACUCGUUCAUUCCAUGUCCAUCACUAUCCGGUGCAGAGACGCUAAAAAAGACAAUGGCACUUCGAUAUAGCGCGAAUCAUUUCUUUUCUGUGAAUCCGCUGCGUGACGGGACGAUUAACUUCGGUGGUACAGGGACGAGAGAUGGAUCGGAUUCAGAGACGGAGAAGUGGAAGGCGCUGGUUACAUUCGAUGAUAGGUGUUUUAACAGCACACUGGUCAAGAAUAGGCUUUGA